UUUGUGGACUACGUAAUUUACGUAUUUUAUUGCCUUCCACUCCGUUAAAAGGCCGGAAAUUCUCUCCUCGCCGGAGAUUCUCAUUCAUUCGCCAGACACCCGACUUCGCCUCUGACGACUCCGACAGGAACUCGUCGAGCUCGCUCACUUGAGCCUUUUUUCAGCAACAGAGCCUUCUUAUAUCGAGUAAAACUAUUGCGUAAACAAGUUUGGCAUGGGAGUUGUGACCGUCUCCAGCUCGGCUUCUGGAACACUGGUGGGAUUUAAUUCAAAAUUCUCAACUAGCAAAUCUGUAGUAAAGAGACCUUUGAUUGUAGCAUUCAGAGGAGAAAAGAACAAUAGUACAGCUUUGCUGACCCACCAGGACCAGACUCAUUCUCCAGUAGAAACGUCCAAGAAGCAAAAGAAAAAGGUAGGAAACGGGAGCAAGUCCUCUAGGAAGGCUGUCUUAACAGAUGAAGUUUCUCCGUGCACAUUGGAAUUGGAUUAUUAUGAUGCUGCUGCCAAACUUGAGGAUAUAUACAAGCUUACUUCAACCCCUAAUACAUCUGACGCUGAAGAAGUAACUGGUGAGAAGAAGAGAGGCCGACAGAGGAGAAAGAAGACCGCUGAAGGUGAUGAGGAAGAAAACGAUGAGGUUGGUCAAACUGUGGUCCGAAACAGGACAAAGAAAGCGAAACGACUGAGUCUCGAUAGAAGGAUCGCACUGAAAAAUAACAAGGACGAGAAACCCGUUGCUUCAGAGCAAAAGAAGAAGGAUGUCAAGAGUGAAGAUGAGAAGAUUGAAAGGCUGGUUCGGGACUACUCUGCUUCAACUGAUUUGGUCAGCUUGGACUGGAAGAAAAUGAAGAUACCUCCUGUUCUCCCUUCCACGGAACACGCUUGGCUGUUCAAAUUGAUGCAGCCGAUGAAGGCUCUCUUUGAGGUGAGGGAGAACUUGAGAGCUGGACUGGGUAGACAACCAGCCGACGCUGAAUUAGCAGAUGCCACAAAAAUGACUGUGGCUCAAGUGCGGAAACACCUGGAGGUUGGUCGUGCAGCUAGAAACAAACUCAUCAAGCAUAAUCUUCGGCUAGUCUUGUUCGUCAUCAACAAGUAUUUUCAAGACUUCGCAAAUGGAUCGAGAUUUCAAGAUCUUUGCCAAGCGGGAGUGAAGGGGCUUAUUGCAGCAAUAGAUCGCUUCGAACCGAAUAGGAAAUUGCGGCUCUCCACUUAUAGCCUGUUUUGGAUCAGGCAUGCCAUCAUCCGUUCCAUGACUGUCUCCAGCUUUACUCGUGUCUCAUUUGGCCUAGAAUCGGUCAGAGUUGAGAUUCAAAGAGCGAAACUCGAGCUGCUAUUUGAAUUAAAUAGAAUGCCUACAGAGGAUGAGAUAAUCGAGAGAGUUGGAAUGUCACCAGAGAGAUACCAUGAAGUCAUGAGGGCUUCGAAGCCAGUCUACUCUCUCCAUUCAAGGCAUGCUGUCACCCAGGAAGAAUUCAUUAGUGCCAUUACUGAUGUUGAUGGUGUCGGAGGAGACAACAGGAGGCAACCUGCUCUUCUCAGACUUGCUCUCGACGAUGUGCUCGACUCCCUGAAGCCCAAAGAGAGUCUAGUCAUCAGGCAAAGAUACGGGCUCGAUGGGAAAGGAGACAGGACACUGGGAGAGAUUGCUGGGAACUUGAACAUAUCUCGGGAGAUGGUUCGAAAGCACGAAGUGAAGGCUCUCAUGAAGCUCAAGCAUCCAGCUCGAGUUGACUAUUUACGCCGGUAUAUAGUGUGAGAAAUCCAUCAUCUAUCACAGUACAUAUUAUUCCUCAUUCAAUGUCUUGCAACUUCCCAUCAUCAUCCCGCCAUUUUACGAAACCAUUGCUGUAUAUUCCAAUAGCAGUCCCAUACCUUAUCGAUCGGUAUUUAAAUAUGUGUAUAACAUUGCAGAGCUGCGGAGAAUACGUAACACCAUAUAUUUUCUGUCUGUUGUGACGAAUGUUGAAGGUUCUAUAUGUACAUCGAUCCCUGAUACGAAUAUAAAGCAAAGCUAAAAUCGAGUGAAAUUUUAUAUUGUCAAACAGAUGUUCUUCUGUAUAAAGAAACUCAGUUGUCCCUGAGAUAUUUUGACCGAAAACAUAUAUAUAGAACUCGUUACUUUCA